GACUUAUUUCUGUAGGUUUUAGGACACAGAAAAAGGUACUUUCGUUUCGGCUUUGUAUCGGAGCGGUCGAAAGUCAUUAGUACUCCACUCCGCAUCUCGUUCCUAACUGUUCACAUGCUCGCAUCACUAUUGACGUUACUCUCUGUUAUCUGCUCCUCUUACGCCUUCCAAUGCUCCGGAGAUCGCUGUAAAGGGUUGAAAUUAAGCGAUAUAAUACCAGAAGGUUACGACAAGUUCAGCCCUCCUAUAGAGAAUGGUAAACCAACCGAAGUUGAGGUUUUCAUAUCAGUUCUUAAUAUCCGAUCCAUACGCGAGACGACAAUGUCUUAUCACGCCGAUAUAUUCUUACAUCAAUAUUGGAAGGAUAACAGAUUAGAAUACCCCGAAAAUGCUACUAACAAGAUACUUUUAGACGAAGCGUGGGGGAAACAAAUAUGGAAGCCGGAUAUUUUGUUCAAGAAUUCCCUGGAAGGAAAGGUGCAAAAUAUUAUUGUACCUUACACUUAUGUAAACUUUUAUCCGGAUAAGAAAAUAUUCUUUGCAUCCAGGUUAUCUCUACAGCUCAGUUGCGAGAUGGAUCUUCAUAAAUUCCCUCAUGACUUUCAAACUUGCGAUAUUUCUAUUAUGGGACUUACGCAUCAAGCGGACGAAAUGGUUCUCAACUGGAAAGAUGGAUGCGGUUUGCAAAUCACAGAUAACGUUUUACUCCCUCAGUUCGACGUGGUCAAUAGCAGUUGCAGCAGAUGCGAAAAGUCGUAUCAAAUCGGUACAUUUUCGUGCAUCACCGGAUCUAUACGUCUGAGGCGAAGAACCGGGUAUUACACAAUUAACGUCUACGUUCCGAGUAUUCUUAUAGUAGGAAUGUCCAUGUUAACAUUCUGGAUUCCUCCGGAAGCGGUUCCAGCUCGCGUUACUUUAGGCGUAACCAGUCUUCUAACCAUCGUAACUAAACAGUAUCAAGCAUCUCUACCAUCCGUAUCGUAUAUAGUAGCCAUGAAUGUAUGGAUGUCAUCGUGCAUCGCAUUCGUCUUCUGCAGCUUACUCGAGUACGCUCUAGUGGUUUCGCUUAAGAAGAAACGAGACAAGAGAGCAAAACUCGAAGCCAAUUUAUCACCCUUAACAACUACCGAAAAGGUUGCAAGCCGCGAUCCCGAGUGGAAGUCGAGGAUUAAUCGAUACUUCAAGGACGUGGAUCCCGAUAGAGUGUCUCGAAUCUUGUUCCCUGUUGCAUUUCUCUUCCAAAUUGCCGCUUAUUUUUUAAGAUACGGUUUAUAAAAAUCGAUUUUUUUAAGAAAAGAGGCGUAUCCGGUAUCUCAUACUUCAUUAUUUUAUCAGCUAUCAACUAGAAAAAACAGUGAAAAUGCUCGUAACUUCUGAUGGAAUGCACUUUCAUUUAUUUAAAUCUCAUUAUUUUUACAUAAAACCAAAUUCAUUUCCGCUGUUUUGAAUAACUAAAAAUAAAACACUUCAUUAUUUUUAAUAAAAAUAAUUAAUUUUUAAGUGUUAUCCGCGUCGCCAUUUUCUUAUUUUUUUUUAAAUAAAUGUGUGUUUGUGUGUUUUUUUUUUAUUUGUUAUUUCGAAUCGAAGUUAUUACGUUAACAAUGUAUUCGUCCAGUACGUGACACGUUAACAAAUUAUCCUUGACCUAUAAAACGUCACCUAUUUAACUAAUGUUAGAGAAUGUAGGAUAAAGAUGGAUAUAUUAUUUAAAAUUUAAUAAAAUAUAUGGAAAUUAAUAAGCAUUUUUUACUAUUGAAUUUCCAAAAGUCUUGUGAGACAUUACGCUUAUGUAUGCAUUAUUUUAUUUUUUUCUUUUUUCAGUUGUAGAUACAUAUAGGAGCGUAAUUAUCGAAGCGUAACUCUGUUUACACGCGCUUUCCCCCUACACGUAAUUGGAUUUCCACAAGAAUGGCUCACAGAUUACAAAUAUAACACGGGAGUAGUGAGUUAAUAUGGCUCUUUUACGUACUUCUAACGUGAUAUGCAGUUAUAUAUUCGUAUAAAAUUACGUAGAAGCGACACACACACACACACACACUCUCUCCCUCCCUCCCACAUACUACAUAAAAUGAUACAAAGUAGCAUGAAAUCAGCCAUUAUGGUUCUGCUAAUGCGAUUUCUGUUUUUUAUAGUUAUAUAUUCCUAUAAAAUCAUAACUAUUGAAGUAACUUACUCUCCCCCCAUGUACUUUCAUCAAGAAUGACUCAGAAAACAAGUAUAAUGCCGUGAUUCGUGAGUCAUUAUGGCUCACCUAUGGUAUAUGCCUGUGUUCCAUACAUCGUAUAAGAGCAUAAUUAUUCAAGCGUGACUCGCUCUUCACAAGUUGUCCAGCCUAUGUAUAUAAUAUAUUUACAUGACUCUUGUAUUAUAUAUGACCUUUAUUUGUAUAUUUCUACAGUAUAUUGUUGAUUUUGACUAAUAGUAUAGUUACAAAUAGAUUGUUUGUGUGAAUAAGAUUUGGAUUUGCGUUUAUCAUGUUUUUGUGUUUAUUUAAUUAAUAAUUGAGUAUUAAUUCUUUAAAAACGAAUUGUUACGAUUCGUUAAACAUGUAACUUUUUUUUAAUAAAGAUACUUUUUUUCCUGUUUUAUAAAUAAUAAA